GUCGCGCGGAAAGCUCUAGCUCGUGAACUGAGGGACUGGGCCUGCCAAAGGGCCCAGACAGGGGAUCACAGGCAGGAAGAGGGGCCCUGGCUUUCUACCCCCUGACCUUUCCUUUUCAACUGCUCUGAGGCGACUCCGCACGUGCCUCCCACCCGGUUCCUUUCCUUUUUCUGUCGCGUCCUGGUGUCCGGCAUGGGGCCUUGGAGGGUCCCGGUAAGUCUGGAGGACGAGGCGCGGGGACACGCGGUGCACCCCGACUCCUCAGGCAGAGGCUGCAGCUGGGUGCGGUGCUACUGACUUGCCUACAUCAUCCUAUUCGGCAGUAACAUGUUCCCAGCGUUGGAGACAGAGCUCAAGCCGGAGACUCUUUCUGAUCCCUAUGAGGAUUUUAUGCACCAUCACCUCCAGUAUUAUGGAUACUUUAAAGCCCAGAAAGGCAAUCUAUCAAGUUCUACUACUCAUCAGUGUGUUUGGAAGACUAGUCCUCGGUAUAUGUUGAAUGGCUCUUUUGGAGAAAGAGACAAUUUGAUCCCGGACACCUUGGAAAAAGAGUCAUUUCUAUGGCCUACCUGUUUACCUUCAACUGGGCAUGCUCAGAGAGACGCUGCAGGCAAAGACCGGCUUAUGCUGAGUUCACCACUCCUGAGGAGCAGACAGCUUCUGUUUGAUGACCUGGACAACGUAAACCCGCGUCUUCGAGAGCCCCGGGAACUCUUCUCCUUCUCUAGUCGAGGGCCACUGCAGGCUCCAAAAUGGCCGAUAGAGUGUGAGGUCAUCAAGGAAAACAUUCAUCAUAUUGAGUGGGUUCCACCUGAACCAGAAUAUUUCUACCAGCCUACAGGGGAUGAAAAGGUGCCAGAGAUUGUGGGAGAAGAACAAGGCACGGUUGUUUACCAGUUAGAUUCAGUGCCCACAGAAGGUGCCUACUUUACCAGUUCCAGAAUAGGAGGCAAACGAGGAAUUAUCAAGGAACUUGCUGUUUCGUUGCAAGGGCCAGAAGAUAAUACUCUGUUGUUUGAGUCAAGGUUUGAGAGUGGGAAUCUGCAGAAAGCAGUCAGAGUAGGUAUCUAUGAGUAUGAACUCACCUUGCGAACCGACCUCUACACAGACAAACACACCCAGUGGUUUUACUUUAGAGUUCAGAAUACCAGAAAAGAGGCCACCUACCGCUUCACCAUUGUCAACUUGCUAAAGCCCAAGAGCCUGUAUGCGGUGGGGAUGAAGCCUCUGAUGUACUCUCAGCUGGAUGCCACCACCCACAACAUCGGCUGGAGGAGAGAAGGACACGAGAUCAAGUACUAUAAGAACAACAUGGAUGACGGGCAGCAGCCCCUGUACUGUCUCACCUGGACCAUUCAGUUUCCCCACGACCAGGACACUUGCUUCUUUGCACACUUUUACCCGUACACUUACACUGACUUACAAUGUUAUCUCUUGUCAAUAGCGAACAACCCCAUCCAGUCUCAGUACUGCAAGCUCCGGGCUUUAUGCCGGAGUCUAGCAGGGAAUACUGUCUACUUGCUCACCAUCACGAACCCAUCCAGGACCCCUCAAGAGGCAGCUGCAAAGAAAGCCGUGGUGCUGAGUGCCAGAGUCCACCCUGGAGAAAGUAAUGGCUCCUGGAUCAUGAGAGGCUUUUUGGACUUCAUCCUUAGCAACUCCCCAGAUGCCCAGCUCCUCAGGGACAUCUUUGUCUUCAAGGUGAUUCCCAUGUUAAAUCCAGAUGGCGUGAUUGUGGGGAAUUACCGGUGUUCACUGGCUGGAAGGGACUUGAACAGACAUUAUAAAACCGUUCUUAAGGACUCUUUCCCUUGCAUUUGGUACACCAAGAAUAUGAUCAAAAGACUUCUGGAAGAGAGAGAGGUUCUCUUGUACUGUGAUCUCCACGGGCACAGUCGGAAGAACAAUAUCUUUCUGUAUGGCUGUAACAACAACAAUCGGAAGCACUGGCUUCAUGAGCGAGUCUUUCCUCUAAUGUUAAGCAAAAAUGCACCAGAUAAGUUCUCUUUUGACAGUUGUAACUUCAAGGUCCAAAAGUGCAAAGAGGGAACCGGAAGAGUUGUGAUGUGGCGGAUGGGCGUCAUUAACAGCUACACCAUUGAGUCCACCUUUGGCGGCUCCACCCUGGGCAGUAAAAGAGACACUCAUUUUACCAUUGAGGACCUGAAGUCCCUAGGUUAUCAUGUCUGUGACACUAUUCUGGAUUUCUGUGAUCCUGACCAGACUAAGUACACUCAAUGUCUACAAGAGCUUAAGGAGCUCUUACAACAGGAAAUCCACAAAAAGUUCAGUAACUUUGGACAAGAUAUGGACUUAGAAGGAAACUGGAGUGACAUUCCUUUGUCUGACAUUGAAUCCAGCACAAGUGGCUCGGACAGCUCCCUCUCAGAUGGUCUUCCUGCCCACCUGCUGAACAUAGCCAAUGAGUUGAAUCAGAAGAUGCUGCUAAAGAAGACAAAGAAGAAGAGACUCCAGACCAGGAAACAGCGGAACGAGCAGUACCAGAAGAACUACCUGAUGCGGGAGCUGAAACUGGCAGAGGACACCCCAGGAAGGGCAAGAUUUGCUUCUACUCUGCAAAAGCAGCCUACCCCUUUGAAAACCCCGGAGAAAUCUAGUUCUUCAGUAAUGAGAAAUGAAAAGCCAAGGCUCAAUGAGACACAGUUGAGUGGAAGAGACAAAGGCACCUCCCUGGACCCACCACUGACCAGCCUGGUUCUACCUAAGAAUAAAGAAAUCAUUCAGACACAGUUGAGUGGAAGAGACAAAGGCACCUCCCUGGACCCACCACUGACCAGCCUGGUUCUACCUAAGAAUAAAGAAAUCAUUCAGACACAGUUGAGUGGAAGAGACAAAGGCACCUCCCUGGACCCACCACUGACCAGCCUGGUUCUACCUAAGAAUAAAGAAAUCAUUCAGACACAGUUGAGUGGAAGAGACAAAGGCACCUCCCUGGACCCACCACUGACCAGCCUGGUUCUACCUAAGAAUAAAGAAAUCAUUCAGAAUAAGAAGCCAGGCUUUACAGCAUCAUGCUCUCCAAAGAGAAGCACAAACUCCGGCCUAGGGCCAGCUCCAGAUGUCAAGGCAGACUGGCCUAGGACUAAAUACCCUGCCCCGAGGAAAGACCGCAGCGCCGUGGCAGCGGUGUACCCAUCCUUGCACAUAUACACAUACCCAUAGUGCACUUUUGCUCUGACACACAGGUGCCGCCCUCGGAGGUUUUUGGAGACUUUUAUUGGUUUUUAGUUUUGUUUCAUAUGCAGUGUUGGGAACCAGACGGAGGGCACUAAGCAUACUAGGCGAGUGCUUUACCAUUGAACGGUGUCUCUAGCUCCCUUGAAAUGGUUGUGGUUUAUACACACUCUCUAAGUGGAAAUCUAUAAAUGAAAUGGACACUCUGUUUAUGGUGUACUGUGUUGUGCAUUCACCACACUGACCUGUGCUCUGUCCUUCUACUGUGCACAUAUCUUCAGAUGCAUACCUCAUGAAUUCAGUACUGUUAUCCUAAGAUGAGAUUAUAUUUUGAAGUAUAGAAAAGCCUUUAUUGAAAGCUGAAGCAUAUAUACUCAUGAAAAGACAGCACAUAUAUACCUCAUUUUGAACCAAUAGGUGUUCCCUCUGAAGUUAGAUGCAAAUCAGUUUUUAAGAGAUCAAACUGUUUUAAAUUUUUUUGGGGAAUGCACCAUAUGAAAACGUCUUGUGUCAGUAUCCAAAUGGUAAAAUGACCUGUCAGACUGUGGUUUAUCAGGUUUGCUCAAAGUGAGGUAUUCCUACACAGAAAAAACAAUUACAUGUAUUGCUCAUAAUUUAAUGUCACAUACAUUAUGUUCAACAAGGUUAUGUAAAUUUUUAA